UUGCGAUUACAUAAUGCCCAGGAAUUUUAAUAUUCACCGAUUUUUCGUCCAACUACGAGACUCGAUCCAAACAUUGUUAUUACAGUAGUAUCAAAAUAGCAGAUUUUGAUUCGUGCGCUCUCUCUCUCUCUCUCUCUCUCUCCGCUCUCCCACUUUCUCUCUCUCUCAAACUUUUUCGUCCUCUAUAUUCACUUUUUUUCCCGAGCUUUGCUGUGAAAUUCUCUCUCCUCUCUCCAUUUUCUGUCUCUCAAACUUUUUUGUUCUCUGUGCUCACUUUUUCACGGAAAAUUUGGCUCACUCUGCAUUACCAAACGUCUGCUCUCUUUUCCAUCACCGUCUCGGCCUCUUGAUCCCAAAAAUGGGAACUGCGUCCUCACUUCUUGUGAUAAGUACUUAUCUUAAGAGUGAUGUACAACUCUACUAGUGAAAGAAAAGGUGAGAGUACAGUGGUGAUGUGCUUUUAGUGUAUAAUACUGGUAGAGGAGUUCUUAAAGAUGGCUUUCAAGCCAGUGUCUUGGUAUUGUCGGCCGGUGACAAAUGGGGUGUGGGCAAAAGCAGUGGACAAUGCAUUUGGAGUUUACACACCUUGUGCAAUUGACUCUCUGGUGGUUUCAGUUUCCCAUUUGGCUCUACUGGCUCUGUGCUUAUAUAGAAUAUGGCGGACUAAGAAAGAUCUUAAAGUUCAGAGGUUCAUUUUGAGGUCCAAUUACUAUAAUUAUAUGCUGGGGUUGUUGGCCGGCUAUUGUACUGCUGAACCUUUGUUCAGAUUGGUUAUGGGUAUUUCAGUCUUAAAUCUAGAUGGACAGACUGGUCUUGCUCCAUUUGAGAUGGUUUCCCUGGUCAUCGAGGCUCUUGCUUGGUGUUCUCUUUUAAUCAUGAUUGGAGUAGAAACAAAGGUUUAUAUCCGCGAGGUUCGUUGGUUUGUCAGAUUUGGAGUCAUUUAUGCUUUGGUAGGGGAUGCUGUGAUGCUGAAUCUCAUUCUUUUAGUGAAGGAGUUUUAUAGUCGAUCUGUACUGUAUUUGUACAUCAGUGAGGUCUUCGCCCAGGUUUUGUUUGGAGUACUCUUGUUUGUGUAUGUUCCCAGUUUGGAUCCUUAUCAGGGUUACUUGCCAAUGCGGACUGAAUAUUUUGACAAUACUGAAUAUGAAGAACUUCCUGGAGGAGAGCAAAUUUGCCCCGAGAGGCAUGUCAACAUAUUUUCUCAAAUUGCUUUUGGAUGGAUGAAUCCCCUCAUGCAACUAGGCUAUAAAAGACCUCUUACGGAGAAGGAUGUAUGGAAACUAGAUACCUGGGAUCGGACUGAAACAUUGAACAGCACGUUCCAAAGAUGUUGGGCUGAAGAAUCUUGUAGGCCUAAACCAUGGCUUUUAAGAGCAUUGAAUCGUAGUCUUGGACCAAGGUUUUGGUGGGGAGGCUUCUGGAAGAUUGGAAAUGAUCUUUCCCAGUUUGUGGGGCCACUUAUAUUGAAUCGCCUCUUACAGUCUAUGCAACAAGGAGAUCCAGCUUGGACUGGUUACUUGUACGCCUUCUCAAUUUUUGUUGGAGUGGUAUUUGGUGUGCUGUGUGAAGCUCAAUAUUUUCAGAAUGUCAUGCGUGUUGGUUACCGGCUAAGAUCAACUUUGGUCGCUGCUGUAUUCCGCAAGUCUUUAAGGUUAACGCAUGAGAGUCGCAGAAAAUUCGCAACUGGAAAAAUAACCAAUUUGAUGACAACUGAUUCUGAAUCCCUCCAGCAAAUAUGCCAAUCACUUCACACUUUGUGGUCUGCUCCUUUCCGCAUUAUUGUCGCAAUGGUUCUUCUGUACCAGCAGUUGGGUGUUGCUUCACUUCUUGGUGCAAUACUGCUUGUUCUUUUGUUUCCUGUACAGACAUUCGUGAUAAGCAAAAUGCAGAAAUUGUCCAAGGAAGGACUGCAGCGGACGGACAAAAGAAUUGGCCUCAUGAAUGAAAUUUUGGCUGCAAUGGAGACUGUAAAAUGCUUUGCAUGGGAGAGUAGUUUUCAAUCCAAAGUUCAAAGUGUGCGGACUGAUGAGUUGGCAUGGUUCCGAAAAGCACAACUACUGGGAGCGUGUAACAGUUUCAUAUUAAACAGUGUUCCAGUUGUGGUGAUUGUGGUUUCAUUUGGGUUGUUCUCUUUGCUCGGAGGGGAUCUAACGCCUGCAAGGGCAUUUACAUCACUUUCUUUGUUUGCUGUGCUACGGUUUCCACUAUUCAUGCUUCCAAAUAUCAUAACUCAGGUUGUGAAUGCAAAUGUAUCUUUGAAACGCCUGGAGGAACUUCUCUUAGCUGAAGAGAGAAUUCUUUUGCCUAACCCACCUCUUGAUCCAGGACUUCCGGCCAUCUCAAUUAAGGAUGGGUACUUUUCUUGGGAUUCAAAGGCAGAGAAGCCCACUUUGUCAAAUAUUAAUUUGGAUGUACCGGUUGGUAGCUUAGUAGCAAUUGUUGGUGGUACUGGAGAAGGAAAGACAUCACUUAUUUCAGCAAUGCUUGGAGAGCUUCCUCCAGUUGCAGAUGCAAAUCUUAUUAUGAGAGGAACGGUUGCUUAUGUUCCGCAAGUUUCAUGGAUUUUCAAUGCUACAGUACGUGAUAACAUACGAUUUGGAUCUGUAUUUGAACCCGCAAGAUAUGAGAAGGCAAUAGGUGUGACUGCAUUGCAGCAUGACCUCGAUUUGCUGCCUGGCGGUGAUCUGACUGAGAUUGGUGAAAGAGGGGUUAAUAUAAGUGGUGGGCAAAAGCAGAGAAUUUCCAUGGCAAGGGCUGUAUAUUCCAAUUCAGAUGUUUACAUAUUUGAUGACCCUCUAAGUGCUUUAGAUGCCCAUGUUGGUCGACAGGUUUUCGAGAAAUGCAUUAAGGAAGAAUUAAGAGGAAAAACCCGAGUUCUAGUCACAAACCAGCUACAUUUUCUUUCACAAGUUGAUAGAAUUAUUCUGGUCCAUGAAGGUAUGGUGAAAGAGGAAGGGACCUUUGAGGACCUCUCAAAUAAUGGCAUGUUGUUCCAGAAACUGAUGGAAAAUGCAGGAAAGAUGGAAGAAUAUGUGGAAGAAAAGGAAGAAGGUGAGAAAAUUGAUCAGCAAACCUCAAAACCAGUUGCUAAUGGCAUUACUAGUGAUUUGCCAAAAGAUGCAAGCCACACAGAUAAAAGAAAAGAAGGCAAAUCUGUUCUUAUUAAGCAGGAAGAACGGGAAACAGGUGUUAUCAGUUGGAAAGUUUUAAAGAGGUAUAAAGAUGCAUUGGGAGGCGUAUGGGUAGUUAUGAUACUCUUUACGUGCUAUGUCCUAACAGAAGUUCUACGGGUUAGUGGUAGCACCUGGUUAAGUCUUUGGACAGAUCAAAGCAGUUCGAAGAGAUACGGGAAUGGUUUCUACAAUCUGAUCUAUGCACUUCUAUCUUUUGGUCAAGUUUUGGUGACAUUGGCAAAUUCGUUUUGGUUGAUCCUAUCAAGUCUUUAUGCAGCCAGAGUGUUGCAUGAUGCUAUGCUCAACUCCAUUCUAAAAGCUCCGAUGGUCUUCUUCCACACCAAUCCACUUGGACGGAUUAUCAAUAGAUUUGCUAAGGAUUUAGGUGACAUAGACCGGAGUGUUGCCCCAUUUGUGAAUAUGUUUCUCGGUCAAGUGUCACAGCUCUUUUCAACUUUUGUGUUGAUAGGAAUAGUCAGCACUACAUCGCUGUGGGCUAUAAUGCCACUACUACUAUUGUUUUAUGCAGCCUAUCUAUAUUAUCAGAGCACAGCCCGUGAAGUUAAGCGAUUAGAUUCCAUUUCCAGAUCGCCUGUGUAUGCACAAUUUGGAGAAGCAUUGAAUGGUUUGUCAACUAUUCGUGCAUACAAAGCGUACGAUCGGAUGUCCAACAUUAAUGGGAAAUCCAUGGACAACAAUAUCAGAUUCACUCUUGUAAACAUGAGUGCAAACCGCUGGCUUGCAAUCCGUUUGGAAACAUUGGGAGGCCUCAUGAUUUGGCUUACAGCAACCUUUGCUGUUAUGCAGAAUGGAAGAGCAGAAAACCAGGAGGCGUUUGCCUCAACAAUGGGUCUGCUUCUCAGUUAUGCUUUAAAUAUUACUGGUUUAUUGACUGGUGUACUGAGACUUGCAAGUCUUGCUGAGAAUAGUUUAAAUGCCGUUGAGCGGGUUGGUUCAUAUAUAGAGUUGCCUUCUGAGGGUCCAUCUAUUAUUGAGAGCAACCGUCCCCCUCCUGGAUGGCCUUCAGCAGGAUCCAUCAAGUUUGAGGAUGUUGUCCUGCGUUAUAGGCCUGAACUUCCUCCUGUCUUGCAUGGUUUAUCCUUCACAAUUCCUCCAAGUGACAAGGUGGGAAUAGUUGGAAGGACAGGAGCAGGGAAAUCUAGCAUGCUUAAUGCUUUAUUUCGGAUUGUAGAACUAGAAAGGGGAAGAAUCUUGAUUGAUGGUUGCGAUAUUGCAAAGUUUGGAUUGAUAGAUCUUCGUAAGUGUCUUGGAAUUAUACCACAAGCACCAGUUCUUUUCUCAGGAUCUGUGAGAUUUAAUCUUGACCCUUUCAACGAACACAAUGAUGCUGAUCUCUGGGAGGCUUUAGAGAGGGCACAUUUGAAGGAAGUGAUCAGGAGAAAUUUUUUGGGGCUGGAUGCUGAGGUCUCUGAGGCAGGGGAGAAUUUCAGUGUUGGACAGAGGCAGCUAUUAAGUCUUGCACGAGCAUUGCUUCGCAGAUCAAAAAUUCUUGUUCUUGAUGAAGCUACUGCUGCUGUUGAUGUUAGAACCGAUGCUCUUAUUCAGCGGACCAUUCGGGAAGAAUUCAAAUCAUGCACAAUGCUCAUUAUCGCUCACCGACUAAAUACCAUCAUUGACUGUGACCGAAUUCUUCUGCUUGAUGCUGGUCGGGUUUUAGAAUAUGAUACACCAGAGGAACUACUGCGAAAUGAAGGGAGUGCUUUCUCUAAGAUGGUUCAGAGUACAGGGGCUGCAAAUGCUGAGUACUUGCGCAGCUUAGCAUUUGGAGGGGAAGGGGAGAACAAAUCAGAGAGAGAUGAGACCAAACGGCUAGAUGGGCAGAGGAGAUGGCUUGCCUCUUCCCGCUGGGCUGCUGCUGCGCAGUUUGCCCUUGCUGUUAGCCUCACUUCAUCACAGAAUGACCUUGUGCGGUUGGAAAUUGAAGAUGAGUACAAUAUUCUCAAGAAAACGAAGGAUGCUAUUAUAACUCUGCAAGGAGUUUUGGAAGGGAAGCAUGACAAAGUUAUUGAAGAGGCUCUUGAUCAGAACCAGGUCUCCGGAGAUGGAUGGUGGUCAGCCCUUUACAGAAUGGUUGAAGGUCUUGCAAUGAUGAGCAGAUUGGGUCGAAACAGGCUUCAUCAAUCAGAAUAUGGAUUGGAAGGCACAACGAUUGAUUGGGAUCACAUUGAGUAGAGAGAACAGUAAUUUAGACAUUGUAAUGCAAAUUACUUGAAUUACUCUUCUAAUGGAUUUACAUAGGCUGUUCUUCGCCGAUUUUGUAAAUAAUGUCGGAUUUUGUACUGUAAUAAGUUUGGGAAGUGCUUUCUGAAUUACAAGUUGCUUAACUCAAAGCAGCUCUGCAUGACUCUUGUUUUGCCUCGCAUAGUAACUUGAUAUUGGUAUCAUUAGACUUUCUUGUGA